UAUAUCAUUCAAUGUUCAUAAUCAUCGUCGUCGUCGUCGUUGUAUUUGUCUUCAUCGAUUCGCUUUCCCUCUUUCUCUGCACUGGAACAAUGUGAUCAGUUAAAGCAUCGAACGCUCUUCUUCGAAGCGGCCAUUUCACGGUCUCUUCUGUAUCUCUCGCUUUCUAAAACCCGACCUCUCAUCUUCAUCCAAGCCCCGUUCUCGGUACUUCCCAUUUUACCACUCGCUACUUUCUAAAUUUGACUAAAUUUCUACUGCCCAGGGCUUCCGCAGAGAGUUCGCGGCCCUAAGGUUUAGGGUUUUGGAUUGCUUCUCUGGUCUGUUGCUGAAUUAGGCUUUGUGGACUUACUGUGUCGCUUGAUUCGAUUUGGUUGAUUAAAUGGCGGUUUUGUCCAAGAGCGAGUCGGUUCGCAUUAGGGAAGUUUGGGAUGAGAACCUUGAAGAUGAGUUUGCGAUGAUAUGUGAUAUUGUGGAUGAUUACCGCUACAUUGCUAUGGACACUGAGUUUCCUGGCAUGGUUCUGCGCCCCUUGCUGAAUUUCAAGAGCUCCACUGACUCUUAUUAUCUUGCCGUGAAGGCCAAUGUUGAUCUUCUGAAGUUGAUUCAGUUAGGUCUUACAUUUUCUGACGAGGAUGGGAAUCUUCCCACCUGUGGAACUGAUAAGUACUGUGUUUGGCAAUUCAACUUUUGUGAAUUCAACAUCAAUGAGGAUGUUUAUGCCAAUGAGUCGAUUGAGCUUUUAAGCCAUAGUGGGAUUGAUUUUAAGAAGAACAAUGAGAAGGGUAUUGAUGCUCUGCGGUUCAGUGAGCUCCUGAUGUCUUCGGGGAUCGUGCUGAAUGAUAAUGUGUGUUGGGUUACCUUUCACAGUGGUUAUGAUUUUGGUUACUUGCUGAAGCUGCUUACUGGCCAAAAUCUGCCUGACACACAGGUGAGAGGUGCAAUACAAAGAUGGACUCUUUGUCUAAUUUUGGGGUGCAUUUCAAGGAAGUUGCUCGCUGAGGCAGGCUUUGAAGACGGUUGUUGUGGGCAAGAAUGAAGAAGUUUUUGCUUUUUUGUGGUAAUUGCUUUUGAGGUUAAGGGUGAGGCUGGGUAACAACUGUAAGUUGCUCCAAUAUAAUUAGAAGGCCACAAGUUCAAGUUAUGGAAAUAUCUUCUUUAUAAAAACAAGAAUAAGGCUGCAUACAGAAAAUUGACACUUCCCUAACCCUCGCAAAAUAGAAAGCCUCAUGCACCGGGACACCCUUUAACAAUUUUUGAGGUUGGAGGCAGGACCAAAAUCAAAUUGUAGUUAGACAAUUUGAGUGACUAUAUUUCUCUCUGCAAGGGAAAAUUCUUAGAUACACUCGGUGUAUGAGCCCCACCCAUCCACCGGAUGGUCAAGAUUUUGCUGCAUCAACUAACAAUUCUAGAUUUGAUCAAUUCUUAUUUUAUUUUAUUUUUGUGCUUGCCCAAAUCUAAAAUUGUUGGUUGAUAUGGUGAAAUUUUGAUCGUCUGUUGUAUGGGUUGGCCCAUACACCGAAUGUACCUAAGUAUUUUCCACAAGCAUGACCUUUCUUGAUCUUUGUCAUGUUGCUAGCACUAAGGGGCUACUGUUGGCAAGAGCUUCUAUGUAUCUUCGUAUGGCAUGGUUUGGAACCGUUGGUUUAGGCAUCACCUCCUUCAUUGGGAUUGACUCCACACAACUUUCUUCUUGUGCCUUGCUUCACAUUUCACAGUCAUUUUGCAGCUAGACAGGCGGAGGGCUAUCAGGUUUGAUGCACAUGAGGGUAGGGAUGUAAGCAAGGUUGUUAAAAUCGGGAUUUUAAGUGGGAUCGAAAAAGUGUCCAUAAAAUCGGAUCGUAAAAUCGUAAGAUUUUAGAGAUAAUUAAAAAUACCCUUCAAUUUUUGUAAAUAUAUGUUUAUAAUAACAUAAUUUUACAAAAAAUAAAUUAAUAUCUUUUAAUAACCUGAUUAUUCCUUAUUAUAGUUCAAAAGAUGAUACUUCCAAAAUAUAGUUCAAAAACUAGCAGGUUAGUAUAGGCAAUUUAGAGGCAAAAUAUAGGUAAUUUAGAGGUAAAAUAUAGCUUAAAAUUCUUUUAGAGGAUUCUUUCAACGUCUUCCAUUAGAUUUAUGUUGCAUUUUUUUCUUGAUUUAACAUUGAUUAAAUCAAGUAAAAUCCCAAUUUGGGGUUUGGUGGUCCAUUAAUUAAUUACUUGUUUGUCUUGAUUUACUUAUGCAAUCAAUGUUAAAUCAAGUAAAAAUUAUAAUUUAAAUCAAGUAAAUUGAAACUUAUGCAAUUAAUGUUAGAUGCUAUGUGACAUUGGAACUUAUACAAUCAAUGUUAAAUCAAGUUCCAAUUUAGAGGCAAAAUAUAACAAUUCAUUGCAUAAGUUCCAAUGUCAGAUGCUACGUGACAUUGACACGUUGGAAACAUCCUCUAAAUUGCAACUUAAAUCAAUGAAAGUCUUUGAAUCGUAAAAUCGUUUGGGAAUCUCUAAAACAUAAAAUCGUAAAAUCGUAUAUGUAAAAUCGAGAUUUUAUAGGAUUUUAUCCUAAAUUGGAUUUUACAUGGAAUUUGAAUCGUUUAGGGGUCUUCAAAUCGUAAAAUCGUACGCGUAAAAUCGGGAUUUUAACAACUAUGGAUGUAAGAGUUUUCUAAAGUGAGAGCUUCUAUAAAGAAAAAGAAGAAACUGAAAAGAGAGUGAUAGGCCCCCGGUGUAGCGGACCUACCAGAGACACAUUAAGAACCAAGGGCAGAAUAGUAACACAGGUGUGCUUGCAUAACAACCAGCAUGUGCACCAAGGGUAGAAUAGUAACAUAGUUGUGCUUACGUAACAAUCAGCAUGUGCACAACUAGAUUCUGUUAUAGAGGGCAGAAAAGGGAAGGCAACAACCUAUAAAUAGAAAGGAAAAGGAGAGAGAAAGAUAGGCAAAAAUUGAGAAAAAUCAAGGAGAGUUCAUGGCCUCUCGAAUGCCCUUUUCUAUCUUCCAUUUCCCUUAUAAUUGGUAUUUUUUCAGAUCAAUAUACAAGCAUUAUUUCAUCCUUACACGUUCAACGAUCCUAUCAUUUUGGUAUCAGAGCUCAACGAUCCUAAUGGUGAAUCUAAUGAAUAGAGUUGCGGAAUUGGAGGUGAAGAUGGAGGGUAUGCAGAAAGGGGUCGAAGCCAUGAGAGGGGAGGUGCAGUCAAUGGAGAAGAAUGUGGCGAUUAUGUUAGACCAGUUUGCAUACAUGAGAAGUAGAUGGGAGGAACAAGAAAGGGAGAGGAAGAACAAAGGGAAAAAGGAAGAGAAACCCUCGGAAUUCACCUAGAAUUUUGAGGUAUCAUUGGGAAUCAAAGUGAGCAGGGAGUUUGGGGGAGGACCAAGAGGAAAUUGGCACCCGGAGGUUUGAUGUAGAAGGCUAGAGAUGCCGAUCUGUGAGGGGGAGAAUCUUGAUGAUUGGAUUUUUCGAGCCGAGCAGUAUUUUGAAGUAAAUCAACUGUCGGAGGAGAAAGUUGAGAUGGCUGCCCUGUGUUUUGAAGUUAAUGCACUUGUGUGGUUCUAGUAGGAGACACGACGAAAGGGUGUCCGGAGCAGGGAAGAGCUCAAACAGGGGAUCCGAAGCAAAUUUCGUUCCACCCAAGAAGGAACGUUGGAGGAACGUUUUCUAGCUCUUCGGCAAGAAGGGCCCAUCAGAGAUUACCUCCUACUGUUUGAGACAUUGGUCGUGCCGAUUGUAGAAGUCUCUGAUGCGUUUUUGGAAGGCCAUUUCAUCAAUGGGCUCAAAUCAGAGAUACGAGUACUACAACCCAAAGGGUUGGAGUAGAUUAUGACGAUGACCCAACACAUCGAAGAUAAGAAUGCAGCAUUCCAAACCCGUUAUGUCUUUCCUGGCUUAGCUAAGGGUAAGUAUUCCCAAUUCUUGUCUUCAACCCCAACCCGAUUUUCCACUGUUCCUGCUAUGAGCCCGAACUUCUCCCCUAAAAUCACGUCUCCGCCGGGACCCAGGCUACUAGCCACCAGAGGCAUAGGAAAUUCACCCUUUAAGUGGCUUAGCGAAGCUGAAUGGAGAGCCAAACACAAGAAAGGCCUUUGUUUUCGCUACAAUGAGAAGUAUUCUAUAGGUCACAAGUGUUUCAAAGAACUCCAGGUAAUGAUGAUAUAUGAUGAAGAGGUAGGAGAAGUGGGGGUUGAGGAAGCAUUGGAGGCUGAAGAGGGGGAGCUAGUGUGAGGAGGUGAGGUCAUUGAACUCUAUGAACUCUGUCGUUGGUUUGACUACGCCACAAAUGAUGAAACUUAAGGGGCAUAUAGAGAGGCAUCCAGUAGUGGUUCUUAUUGACGGAGGGGUAACACACAAUUUCAUAGCAACCGAGCUGGUGCAAUAGUUGGGUCUAUCGAGGACUGAAACGGUAGGCUAUGGAGUGAUAAUGGGGACGAGAAUGACAAUGUAAGGGUGGGAAUUUGCAAAGGGGUGAAGCUGACUGUCACAAGACCAGGAAUCGAUUGUUUGUUGCUGUUAAAUUUUGUCCUAGAAUCGGAUAUUACCUAUAUGUAUUGCCUUAGUAUUUUUAUUCUCUUGCAUGCAUUUACUUUCCAGCUAGGUAGUUUGUUAUGGUUUACUUUCCAACUAGGUAGAUUGUUAUGGCAGAAUCUGCCAGGUGUCCAAAUGCUAGAGUAAGACAAAAUAGUUGGUGAGGGGUGGGUGUGAUUUACUGUGGCAGCACCCACGGGCCAAGCUAUAUAAGCUUAUUCUCUCUUCUGUAAAGGGCAUUCAAGAAUUCAAUCAAAGAUUCUGUUAUUCUCUCUUUUAUUUCUCUUUCUCCCUUUAUUUCUCUUCUAUACUUCCUUCUCCAUUCUUCUUCCCUGUUCUAGCUCGCUACCUAGAUUUACGCUGAAUCAAUGAGCUCCAGGUAGAAACUCCGUUGUUCCUUGAGGAGGUGUUGGUUGAAUUUGAAGGAGUGUUUGCAAAUCCAGAGGGACUACCUCCUCCCAGAAAAAGAGACCACGCCAUCAACCUACUACCAGGCAUUGCUCCAAUCAAUGUUUGACCCUAUCGUUACCCUUACCUUCAAAAAAAUGAAAUUGAGAAGAUGGUACAUGAAAUGUUAGCAGCUGGGAUUAUACAACCAAGCUAUAGUCCUUUCUCUAGUCUUGUGUUGCUCGUUAAGAAGAAGGGUGGGGGGUGGCAUUUUUGUGUGGACCAUAGGGCCUUGAACAAGGUGAUAGUUCCCGACAAAUUCCCAAUUCUAGUAAUUGAGGAGUUGUUGGAUGAGUUACAUGGGGCCAUAGUUUUCUCCAAAUUCUAUUUAAAAUCGGGUUAUCAUCAAAUUCUAGUCAAAGCAAAAGAUGUCAUGAAAACAGCUUUCAAAAUGCACGAGGGCUACUACGAAUUUCUCAUCAUGCCCUUCGAGUUGACGAAUACCUUAGCCACUUUCCAAUCUCUAAUGAAUGACAUGUUCAGAGAGCAAUUGAGGCGCUUUGUGUUGGUAUUCUUUAACGACAUCUUGGUGUUCAACAAAGAUUUUGAACAUCAUGCACAACACGUGUCGUGUUUUGAAAGUAUUGGUAGAAAAUCAGUUGUUUGCUAACAAGAAGAAGUUCUUAUUUGGGCCACCUCAUAUCCCAACAUGGUGUAUCCGCUGAUCGCAACAAAGUGCAGGCAAUGUUAGAUUGGCCAACCCAUACAACGUUGAAGGAGCUGAAAGGGUUUCUAGGGCUCAUGGGGUAUUAUAGAAGAUUUGUGAAUGACUACGAUAAAUUGGCAUGGCCCUUCACUGAGAGACUACGAAAAAAUAACUUUUUCUAGGACGAGGCAACAAAACAAGCCUUUCAACAUCUUAAGGUUGCAAUGGUGUCUUUACCAAUUUUAGCUUUACCUAACUUUGGCAAGCCAUUUGUGGUAGAAUUAGAUGUGUCGAGGCAAGAUUUGGGAGUGGUCUUAAUGUAGGAUCACAGACCUAUUGCAUAUUUCAGCCUUGCUCUUAAUCAGUCGUGGAGGAGAAAAUCUGUUUAUGAAAAGGAGCUGAUGGUCAUCGUGUUCGCAAUACAAAAAUGGUGGCAUUACCUUUUGGGUAGGAAAUUUGUGGUUACAACCGAUCAAAAGAGUCUUAAAUUUCUAAUGGAGCAACAGCUAGUGAGCCCUGACUAUUAGAGAUGGAUGCUGAAGUUAAUGGGGUUUUAGUUUGAGAUCCAGUAUCGUUCCAGAUUGGAAAAUAAAGUGGCAAAUGGCCUUUCUAGAAUCAGUUAGUCCAUGGCCCUGUUAGCCAUAAGAGUUCCUAAAGUGAUUAAACUUGAACAAUUGGCCCACAAAGUAGAAACGGAUGAAAAAUUGCAAAGGGUUUUCAGGGACCUCCAACGUGACCCUUUUUCUCAGCCAGACUUCCAAAUGGUGGACAACCAACUCAUUUACAGAGGACGGUUGUUCUUACCAAAGGGUUCUUCUCUAAUUCCUCUACUACUUCAUGAUGGCCACGAAGGGAAUUUGGGAGGGCACUUUGGAUUAUUGAAAACAUAUAAGAAGAUUGCAACUAAUGUUUAUUGGCUUAGGAUAAAACGUGAUAUUCAUCAGUAUGUGAGUAAUUGUGAUGUUUGUCAACAAAACAAGUAUUUGGCCCUAUCUCCGAGAGGACUUUUACUGCCUCUUCCUAUCCCAAAUGAAAUUUGGGACGACAUCUCCAUGGAUUUCAUGGAGGGCUUAUCGAGGUUAGGGAAUAUGGACUCAAUCUUGAUGGUAGUGGACAAACUAGUAAGUAUGGACAUUUUAUUGGGCUUAGAUAUUUUUUUAUAGCAGGAGGGGUGGCAGGGGUUUUUUAUCAAAGAAGUUGUGAGGCUUCACGGCAUGCCUUGUCCCAUUGUCUUAUAUAGAGAUAAGAUUUUCAUGAGCAAGUUCUAGGAGGAAAUGUUUUGCCUCCAAGGCAUGAAACUCAACCGCAACACUGCAUACCACCCGCAAAUGAAUGGCCAAACAGAGGUUCUUAAUAGAACCCUAGAAACAUACUAAUGCUAUUUUGCUUCAUCCAAACCUAAAGCAUGAUACAUGUGGUUGCCUUGAGCUGAAUUGUGGUACAACACUUCAUACCACAGCUUCGAGGCUAACUCCAUUCCAAGUAGUAUAUGGGCAAGAACCACUAGAGUUAUUGAGGUUUGAAAAGGGAUCUACUCCUGUUUCUAUAGUUGAACAUCAGUUGGUUGAAAGAGAUCAAAUUCUAGAAAAACUUAAAACACAGUUGCUGCCCAAGCUGUUAUGAAGAAGGGGGCAAACAUGAAGAGAAGAGAUGUGAAGUUCAAGGUUGGGGACUUAGUCUAUCUGAAGUUAAGGCCUUAUCGCUGAAAGACAUUGGCUUACCGCUUGAACGAGAAAUUGGCUCCUAGAUUCUAUGGACCAUUCGCAAUUGAAUAGAAGAUCAGACCAAUAGCCUACAAGUUAACACUGUCAUCACAUUGUAAUGUCCACCCCGUUUUCCAUGUGUCACAGUUAUGUGGGGCAAAAGGGGCGUUGAAAGCCAGUGUGUAAAUUCCCAGUCAACUUAGUGCAGACCUUGAGAUGCUGGUUGAACUGGAGGCUGUGUUGGGAGUUAGCCAAGGAACGAGUAAUAACUUGCUUGGGUUGGAUGUUUUAAUUCAAUGAAGAGGGUUACCACCGUUGGAAGCUACUUGGGAGCCCUAUAACAUGAUUCAACAACAAUUCUCCACUUUUCACCUUGAGGACAAGGUGAAAGUUGGGGAGGGGAGUAAUGAUAGGCCCCCAAUACAGCGGACCUACCAGAGACGCAUCAAGAACCAAGGGCAGAAUAGUAACACAACUGUGCUUGCAUAACAACCAGCAUGUGCACCAAGGGUAGAAUAGUAACAUAGUUGUGCUUGCGUAGCAAUCAACAUGUGCACAACUGGAUUCUGUUAUAGAGGGCAGAAAAGGGAAGGCAACAACCUAAAAAUAGGAGGAAAAGGAGAGAGGAAGAUAGGCAGAAAUUGAGAGUAAUCAAGGAGAGUUCAGGGCCUCUGGAAUGCCCUUUUCUAUCUUUCAUUUCCCUUAUAAUUGGUAUUCUUUUCAAAUCAAUAUACAAGCAUUAUUUCAUCCUUACACUUUCAGCGAUACUAUCAGCGAGAUCUAAAAUUGAAAUUUGCUGAAAAUAAUUUUUGACAUUAAAAAUAGAAGAGUAGUUGAGUAUUCAUAGACUGUGAACUCAACUGAUUCUAUUAGAGACAACUAACCUUGACAGUUGUACAGAGACAAGUGGACAACUCGUAACUAAUUUAGCUAAACUAUGUCUACACUUAACAGAGGUGUUGCUAAUAUUUCUUUGUAUAGGACGAAUAGAACUACUCUCUCAACAUUUUCUCCUUUGGUUGUUCUGCCAUCUGUGAGCAAGGUAUAUCUAGGUUCCUACAAAACCUAUCUAGAGAAACUAAACCCCCCCCCCCCCCAAAAAAAAAAAAAAAAAUAAUAAUAAUAAUAAAUAAAUAAAUACGCACACCCACACCCACACCCUGCACCACCACCACACACAAAAAAACCCAAAAGAACCUCUUUGUGUGGAAUAUAGUCAUUGGGUCUAUACUUAAAGUGGAUAAUUUGAGAAAGAGGAGACAAAUCAUGUUGGAUUAGUCCUUUACACAUAAACUGAGUGGUGAAUCUCUCAUCUUUCUCUUUAUUACAUGGCAGCCCUGGAUGUUGGGAUAUCCAAUCAGACAUUGUGGGUUUUGGCAGAUGUUUUCUUCUUCUGUCACGUGGAACCUGUAAAACAGGACUUUGAGGGAAUUUAGCAGUAGUUCUUUUUGUUACGAAUCUGUCAUUUUCUUGGAACUUGUAUGUGCAUAUAUCUACAUAGGCUGUCUGCUGCGUAGAUGCAUAUUUUUUGCUUUGAAGAGAACCAUUGUUGUUUAUUGUCUUUCUUUCUUAGGCAGUGUGAUAUUUUGAGCUACAUUAGCUGUACAUUAUCGGUACCAAUAGUGUAAAAGAUCCAAAGCCGAGAUGUCUUUCUUUUGUUACCAUGAAACUCUUUAGCAAUGAUGGGAUGCUUUUGAACAUGUCAAAGUGGAUGGUGAAUACUUAACUGGUACUGUAGGUCUGGAAGUGGUAGUGGUGAAGGAGAGUGUGAAGUCUGAUCAAUAAUCAAUGUAGCCUCAUCUUAUAAUACUGAGGUGCCAGAAGUUUUACCGGAAGUUGAUAUCGAAGAACUUGUAUUAUAUGUAUGUGAGAAUCUUUAAUGCAGCACUGGUUCAGUGUGUGUUUCUGAGAAUAUUAUGCAUAUAGAUAUCUGAAAAGAACAAUUGUAUUAACUAAUAAGUAUUUAAAGUAGCUUAUUUUUAGAGGAUCAUGGCAUGUUGCAAUUUAUUGAUGAAAACAGUCUAUCUUUAAGUUGCAAUGGAAAGUAAGCUUGAUGAAGAGACCAUAUUUUGUCAUUGAUUCUA